AUGAUGCGGCCAUCACCACCACUGCGAGUCGUAGCCCGCGCCGAGUUUCGCUCCUUCUGCUGCUCCUCCUCCCUCGCUCCGCCGAGACUUUCCUCGCCGCGAUGGCUCUCCUCGACUGCCGCCCGGAAGGCGCCUCGGGGCGCUGCGUUGGCGCCGUCAGCCAACGCCGGCUUCUUCCUGUCGAACCGCGUCUUUGAGCGCUCCGCCUGCCUCGACUCCCUCGUCGCGAACCACCGCCCGCGAACGACCUCGACGGCCCCGUCCUCCGCGUCCAUGUCACAAACACCCCAAUCGCUCGCCCAACUCCCUCCCCAUCGUCGCCGACAGGCGCGGAAGCAGGCGCUUGCCAACGGGGACUCCCCGGACGGCACCCUGCCCGCCAAUGCCUCGUCAACCCUCACCAACGUCGCCGCGGCGCAGCCCGCCCGCUCAGCCCGCCGCAUCUUCUCGACGCUGCUCUCCCUCUCGAAACCCCGCCUGACGGUCCUGGUCGUCCUCACGGCCAUGGCCCCGUACGCGCUGUACCCCGUGCCCGAGAUGCUCACGCCGACCAUGACCGAGACGCCGAGCCUGAGCCCGCUGACGCUGCUCUUCCUCACCACCGGCACCGCGCUGUGCUCCGCGAGCGCCAACACCCUCAACAUGCUCUAUGAACCGUCGACUGACGCCAAGAUGUCGCGGACAAGGAACCGGCCGCUCGUCAGGAGGCUCAUCUCGACCCGCGCCGCCGCCCUCUUUGCCAUCCUCGCCGGCGCGACCGGCGUCGGCGCGCUGUACUUUGGCGUCAACCCCACGGUUUCGUUCCUGGGCUUCUCCAACAUUGUCCUGUACGCAGGCAUAUACACGCCGCUCAAGGCCGUGACCGCCUUCAACACCUGGGUCGGUGCCGUCGUGGGCGGCAUUCCGCCGCUCAUGGGCUGGGCCGCGGCGGCGGGCGAGGCGGCGACCAACGACGGCUCGUGGCGCGAGCUGCUCUUUGCCAGCGACGGCUCGUCGAUUGGCGGCUGGCUCCUGGCCAGCUUGCUCUUCGCCUGGCAGUUUCCGCACUUUAUGGCGUUGAGCUGGGGCAUCCGCGAAGAGUACAAGGCGGCGGGGCUGCGCAUGCUGGCGUGGACGAAUCCGGCGCGCAACGCCCGCGUCGCGCUGCGAUACAGCAUCGCCUUCAUUCCCAUCUGCCUCGGCCUGUGCGCCGCGGGCGUCACCGAGUGGUCCUUUGCCGCGACGAGCAUGCCCGUCAACCUCUGGCUGGUGCGCGAGGCCGUGCGCUUCUGGCGGUUCGAGGGGCACAACGGCAGCGCGCGGGGCCUGUUCUGGGCGAGCGUGUGGCAUCUUCCGGCCGUCAUGAUUCUCGCGCUGCUGCACAAGAAGGGCAUGUGGAGCAGGGCGUGGAGGGGCGCCUUUGGUGGCGACGAGGAGGAGGGCGGCGUGUGGGAGGACGAGGAGCUCGAGGAGAUGGCGAGCAUGACGGCGGCCAAGGUGGCUGCGAAGCGGUAG